GCAGCUCUCAACACCAAACAGCUCUAGACGCGGCAGAUACCCAUGAUAGCACACCAUACUUCAUACUGCAUGUGAUCAACAGCGCCAUGGAAAAGUAUCUUCGCGAGUGGCGGCAAGACGCCAUCAACAAGCACCAGUACGACACGGCCAUCUUCGUCGCCGACAAGCUGCUUCACUUCACCAAGGACGACCAGGACGCCUUCUGGCUCGCACAGGCUCACUUCAGCACGGGCAACUACAGCCGCACGCAAGCACUGCUCGCCCGCGGGAACCUCGCUGAGCGCAAUCCGCAAUGUCGAUACCUCUCGGCCCACUGCUCCAUCAAGCUGGGCAGGAUAGAAGAGGCGCUUCAGAUCUUAGGCGACAAGAACCCCACCCACCUGAUCUCUGCGCCGGGCAGUGCACGGCAGAAGCUGCGCCAUGUCGACGUCAACUCACGCGUGGGCGCACGGCACAACAAGGCGGGCGGGCGCACAGAGCGACACCCCACCAGCGAAGAGCGUGACCGCGAGGACGUCAACAACAUCAAGUCGGAGGCGGGCAUGUGCUACUUGCGGGGUGUCUGCUAUGCACGCCAGAACUCCUUCGACCGCGCCAAGGAAUGCUACAAGACGGCCGUCCAGAUCGAUGUGCAGUGCUACGAGGCCUUCCAGGCUCUCAUGACCAACUCGCUCAUGUCACCUGAUGAAGAGUGGAAGUUCCUCGAGUCGCUCGACUUCGACACCAUCAACGUCUCCAACAACCCCUCCCUCUCGCAAGAAGCCGCCCACUUCACCAAAAUCCUCUACAUCACCCGCCUCUCCAAGUACUCAAAGCCGGAAGAGUUCGCAAAUGCAACAGAGACACUCAGCACCCACUAUAACCUCGGCAACAAUGCGGACAUCCUCCUCGCAAAGGCAGACCUCAUGUACACCCACUGCCGAUUCCGCGAAGCCCUGGCACUGACCUCUUCCGUCCUCGAUACCGACAAAUACAACUUCAACAUCCUGCCCGUCCACCUCGCCUCGCUACAUGAACUCCGUGAGACCAGCACCUUGUACCUGCUCGCCCAUGACCUGGCAGAUACCAACCCCACAGAGCCCUGCUCUUGGCUUGCAGUCGGCGUUUACUACCUUGCCACCAACCGCAUUGCAGAAGCACGUCGCUACUUCUCCAAAGCCUCAAUGAUGGACCCGCACUUCGGACCUGCGUGGAUAGGCUUCGCGCACACGUUCGCCGCAGAGGGGGAGCACGAUCAAGCCAUCUCGGCCUACUCAACCGCGGCGAGAUUAUUCCAGGGCACCCACCUCCCACAGCUCUUCCUCGGCAUGCAAAACCUCCAACUCAACAACCUAUCUCUCGCACGGGAAUACCUCAAAACCGCCUACGCCCUCUGCCAGUCGGACCCGCUCCUCCUCAACGAAAUGGGCGUCGUCUUCUUCCACGAAGCCCAGCUGCUAGAAGCCAUAUCCAUGUUCCGCCGCGCCCUCACCUUCUCGGAGAGCAACAAAGCCGAGCCCGAAACCCUCCUGCCCAUGCGCCUCAACCUCGCCCACUCCCUACGACGCGCCGGCCAACUCGACGAAGCGCUCGCCACAUUCGAAGAAGUCCUGCGCCACGGCGUCAAGGACCCAGGCGUCUUCUCCGCAAAGGGCCUCGUCCUCCUCGAGCUAGGCCGCAGCUGGGACGCCGUCACCGUCCUGCACGAAGCCCUCGCUGUCGCGCCCCAGGACCCCCUCGCCACUGAUCUGCUCAAUAAGGCUCUUGAAGCAAACGAGACGGAUAGUGGCGUCGAUAUGGGCGGUCAGUCGUGGACUGCGGGGCGUAUUAUCGGCGACGCGGAUGAGCAUGGCCAUGCGCUUUUGCAUGCUGGUAACGAGGACGAUGAGUUCGACGACCUCGACCGCAAGAUGAACGGCCGUCUGCGCGAGAUUGAACAGAAUCGCGUUGCGGGUAGGAGGGGUGCGAGAAGGCGCAGAAUUGGUGAUGGCAGGCCCGAUGAUUCGGGUAUGCUCGGCGAAGGCGAUAGCAUGAUGCUUGAUGAAAGGGCGUAGUAUCCUGCUUUUGACGCUUAUGCUUGAUUGCAUGCAUGGGAUUACGGUGUGGAGUUGGGAGCCGCAAGGUGGGAAAAUGUGGUGUGGGUGCGUGUAGGCGUCUUUCUUUUCUUUCUCUUUCUGUUUUUUUGCAUAAGGCAUUCUUGGGUGUGAUUGCAUAGCGUGGCGUCUGGGGUGCUGCGUCCUUGAUUGCUUCUGGCCAUUCUUCCGUCUGCGUAUCCAUUCAUACAUGUGUAUAUGUGUAUAACUACGCUCAGGCGGGCUUUACAUCACAUCACAUCAUACAGAACUAGACUAUGCUAUAUCAUACCUCUUGCCUGCUGGGUAGCGCGCUUCUAUGUUCAGAGGCUCUAGAAAUAUCCAUGUGUCGACC